UUCAAUUUGAAAUUUCAAUGGGACAACCAAAGGGUAAACUUGUAUGAUGCACGCUCUUCAUAUCGGCUGUGCAUAUGCUUCUAUUUUUUUUAGAAAUCUUGCAUUUUUAACACGUUUAUAUUUCGGAUACAACAGGUAUCCGAUUCAUGGCUUCUUUCAACUGACAAAAACAAAGCGAGGCAGCGUAAAAAGCACCAGAAUAAUACGACGUAAAAUUGCAAAUAUACCGUAAAAGGAAUUUCGAGAGGCAUGGUGUCAUUCGUAGACAGUUCAAUACAAAAAAAAACCAAAGGCGCCAUGAUAAAUCAUUAAUACCAUUCCCUCUCUGGGUACCAAGUGCCCCUCCCUUUGCCUUCUAGCAACACAUUAGCUUUUCCCAGUCAAGUCCUAUACUUCACCAGUAGGGGGUGUAUCUGCCUGUCAAAUCGCACAUGGGCGCGGGAGGGCGCAAAACAUACCGCAAUCAACCAUUCACUAUCACUGACUAGUCGCAAAUAAAAGGUAUUUUAAAGAGGAGGGGAUAUUGGGGGCAGCUUGGCUUGCCGUCGUACACUUGCACUCCACCCUUUCCCACCGGUCAGGCUGUCCGAUCAGCCCGGGCGAGCGGCGCUGCCCACGAAUAACGGGAGGAGACGGUAGGAGGACCACCGCCGAGACAGAGGAAGAGGGGCUGCGAUUGAUCGCUUUCCUCCAGUGCGCUGCGGGCUGAGAGCUGAUCGAAACGCGUCUGUGUCCAGAAGGAGAAGACAAGAAGACAAGGUUGAAAACGAGGGGAGAGUGCUGAUACCAUGGAGAAGUCUGAAGCGGUUUUGCACCAGGAGAGACUCCAGGCCAUAGCGGAGAAGAGGAAGAAACAGACAGAGAUUGAGAACAAAAGGAGGCAGCUGGAGGAUGACCGCCGACAGCUCCAGCACCUCAAGUCAAAGGCUCUGCGGGAGAGAUGGCUGCUGGAUGGAGCGCCCUCUGCUGGCUCGGAGGAGGACGAAGCAAAGAGACAGCUUCAGGAAGACGAGGCCAAGACCAAGGGUCUGGAGGAGACUAUUCUAAGGCUGGAACAGGAGCUGGAGGAACUGGAAACUGGAGUUUCAGCAACAUCCACCAAAGAGAACUUAUCCGAUGUGGACAAGGAGGAAGAGAGGAAAACGGGAGACAACAAGGCUCCUGCAGGCUCUGUCAAAGAGGUCAAAAUUCACAACCGUUCACGUCUGGACAUGUCCGGAAGUUCCUCAGAUAUGAUCAAAACAGCAACGUACUCGGUCGAGAUCACCGUUGAAAGGGACAGGCUCACCGGCGAGACUAAAGUGUUAUCCACCAACACGCUCCUGCCGAAAGACCUCACUCAACAGGGGGUCAAGGUCUAUGAGGAUGACCAGAAAGUGGUGCACGAGGUGCGUGGCAUCGACGGCGCCGUGGAGAACGGAGUGCACCUGCUCAGCUCCACGGAGGUGGAUGAGCUCAUCCACAAAGCCGACGAGGUCUCCAUGAUCGAGGCGGGGGGCACACCUAGAGCGACGGGCAGUCCCCUGGAGGCGGCACAGACCCCUAAGAAGGAGAUCACAGGCAUGGAAGCCAAGCCCGGCGGCGAUACCCAGGAUGCUCUGGGCGAUGCCAGCUCCGAACACCCCAUCACCAUGGUGUUCAUGGGAUACCAGAGCGUCGAGGACGAGACGGAGACUAAGAAGGUGUUGGGUUUGGAGGGGACGGUGAAAGCAGAGCUGGUGGUCAUCGAGGACGGUGAGAGCAAAGGGGGCGUCGAGGGGGCCAAGGAAGACCAGGCCCCCCCCAACGGCAGCGCCGCCGAACCCGUCAAGGUCCAGGAGGAGGGAGGGGGUAAGGGCGAGGCCGAGAGUGGGGCGGCGGAGCUCAACACCAAGGAGAAACAGCCCUGCAAGUGCUGCUCCAUCAUGUGAGCGGGCCGCCAGCACCCCCCGGGACGCGAGCCCGCCGGACAGAAACUCUCACCCACCACAGAAACACACCAUCUUUUUACGACACCCCCACUCCGUCAUCAUCCUUAGGGGUUUUUUAUUUUACUUUUUUAAAUUCUGUUUCUUUUUUUUCCACUUUGUUUGCAUCCGAUGCGGUCAGACCGGUUCCCACCUGGCAUUCAGGAACCGGGAGCGGAGGGCCUCGUCCCCAUAACCACCCGGCGCUAAGGUCAUCCAACAUUAUCCAACGGGAUUCUUUUGUAAAUGACAUCACUUACUCAGUGUCAUGAAUUUUGUAGUCUUAUCUUACCGUAUGAAGGACACAGAUGUCCAUAUAUAAAUAUAUAUAUAUAUCUAUAUAUAAAUUGUUUAUUUUUAAAGAUAUAUUUAUUUGGAUUUUUUUAGACAAAUCCCUCUGGUCACCGUGGGUGAAGACGUAAGGUAUCCAGCUUGCUGUGUUUUCUUUGCUGUCACAGUUUUUCAGAGAUUCAGCGAGCCAGCGGGUAAAAAAAAAACACACAUUUCGAAAACCGUGUUGUAAUAUUUAUGACUGAUAAUGCUGUGAUGAGGUAACUGUCAUGGUUUUUUUUUUCCCAGAAAGAAAAAAACCUGAAUUAUUCUUAAGAUACGGGGAGAGGGAUGGUGUCUUAAGGCUAUUACCAGUGUGCAGUGUGGAGAAACGAGCGGAUGUAAAUUUGGACACUUGAGCAGCUCAGUGCGUUAAGUGCGAGGCCAACUGAGGGUUUGCCGCCAAGCUCUCGUGCUGUUUGUGCUCGUCUCCAUGUCAUCGUGAUGCCCUCACGUGACCUCACGUGACCUCUGUCCACGCCAGCAAUCUCAGUCACACCGGCUCAUUAAACUCACUGCUUUUCUUUCUGAAACAAUUCUCCUUCAGCCGAAUGGGGACUGAACCAUGAUUGUAAGAACGAGAAUAACAACGAUAACCUGGCCAACGUCACCCAUUCUGAAGAAAUAAAUGCUGUUGUGUAAGGAGGGAGUGAUUUGCUGGUUUAAAUCCAUUUAGUUUCCAAUGAGAAGUCUCUGGAUCGUCUGUGAUGCCCACCAUAGAUUAUCGACCUGGAGUCUGUAGUAGACGGCCAGCAUCAGUGAGGUUUAAGCAGAGCUGGACGCCGAUCCAGCUGAACCCAAGCAGUCAUAACGAGCGUCCAGUUUGGUGUGAUGCCGUCUCGAUGUCACAGUGCUGCGAUCAUUCGUGGAGUAUUUCAUUUUCCUGAAUCGGCAUGCGGUGGAUGGCUUUUUGUUAUGUGCAGCCCCCCCCCCACCCCCACAUCACCCCCACAUCACCCACCACAUCCCUCUGAAAGAGACCCACAGCAAAAGCGGGAAAAUAAUCCGCCCUGCAAAGUUCCCGAGGGGGUUCACCGUCAUUCGGGAAACACCCCGACGCCGCAGUCCGUGCCGUCGGCCCCGAGUCGCCCCCAUCGCCGGGCCCCCCCCAUCGCCGGGCCCCCGAGCUCUUUGGCUCGUGUAGGACCCUGACGUCAGAAACAGGGAUGCAAGCCCUCCUCACAUUCCAGGAUGCUGCCACCUCUUUCCUCCCCCCAAGUGGUGAUAUUUGCUCCAGUUGCUGUUCAGUCCCCCCUCCCGCACUUAGAGAGCGAUAGUUGUUUUUCUUUCGUUUCUCUGUGCCUGUUCUUUUCAUCCUGUUUUUUUUUUGUUUCUUUGUUUUGCUGCCUUGUAGACAUAUAGAAGCUUGGGUUUAUUAUUAUUAUGGAUUAUUAUUAUUAUUAUUAUUAUUAUUUUAUUAGCAGUAUUUGGAGCUAAAUUUUCAGCUAAGCUAAAAAAGUCCUGUAAUUAUUGUCCUUUGUAUGGUGAGAUGGGAUAAUGAGACGGAUUGUCAAGCAAAUUGCCUGUGUUGUGCUUCUCCCACCAAUUUGCUGACAAACCCCAGUGUGCCUGCUGGUCCGUGUGUAAUUUUUCUUCAAAAUAAAAGUUUUAUUUGGGAAGCUGGCCGAACAACAAGUGGUUUCUGUGGACUCUGGUACUUUUAACUUGAAAAAAUCCCACGGCCUGUGAGUUUGUCGUGCCUCCUGCUUGCACUGGUUAUGCUGCGUGUCUUUCUUUGCAAAAAUACAAAUAAAAAUGCUUCGGUCUUAGGGACGGUCAUAUUUCAACACUUUUACAUUUUUCUAUUGUCUCUACAUCUGUAGGAUGGGUUUUAAGGAGUAGUUUGGUCAUUUCUGUGAAGGUAGAUUUUUAAAGUGGUGUUUUAUCCAAAUUUCAAAAUGGUGCUUGAAGUGUGUUACCAGUCCAAAAAAGCAAAUAAUGUCUUGGUAUUCAUGCACUGUUGGUAAAUGCGUUUCGUGUCCAUUGGAGAACCAGACUGCAUAUGCUGAAAGCAAAUCUGUUUCUCUCUUGCUUCUGUUUGACACCCUCCCCAUCCCCCUCCCCUUAUCAGUCAGGCAGAGUCAUCUGCGUUAGCUUCUUUAGCCAUCGGCAUGUCGAAUUCGGGCCCCACAGUGCCCCCUCUGGCCCUCAGAGUGGGAGCGCCAGGCCGGAUGCAGUGAUAGCGUCCCCGUUCUCCUUGGCAUAGCGCCCCACGGUGGCCACUCACUGGUAAUCGCAUAUCUAAUACUCCCUCAGCGGGCUUCUCAAACCUAUGCAACAGAAUAUCUGCAUGCAUGUUUACAUGAUCCAAAUUAAAAAAAAAUGUUUUUGACUGUAUUACAUGCAAAAAUCCCUGCAUUUCUAAAAUAAUCUGCUUAUCAGUGUAACGCCCACCUUCCUAAAGUCUGCAAUCAUUUAUGUUGCUGAAACUUCAUUUAAAACUCUUCACAUAUAUAUUCCCGCUCACCGUAAGGUGUGGCCACUUUUAAAUGCAGGCUCGAGAUCAGAAGUUUAUGUGGACAGGGGAUCUUUCAAGCAGGAGAGUUAAGCAGCUUUGGACAGAGCCAAGAUGAACGUUUGAGGUGGAUACGCAAGGAUGCUGAAAUGUGCUGUUUGUACCCAGGAGCCUCCUAAGGGUUGAGUACUGGGUGACUGAAGCUGUGUGUGGACUCACCUAGACCUGAUUACAUCAGGUUUAGGCUCAGUAUGAGGGAGUAGGAAAGUAGGAAUUACAAGGAGAUGUUUGAAUGUGUACGCUGUACGAACACAGAGGUGUUUUUCUGGAAUAUUAUAGAUUGUUGUUCACUCCACAAGAUGCUAAUUGGUGGAGACACUUCCAGUGGCCUCGGGUUUGAAAUUGAGAUCUUACCUAUUCAUAGCUCCUCUUUGCCUGUUCUCCAAAAAAAAAAUCUCCAAACUAUUUUGUCUUUUCUUCUGCUAUGAAAAAAACAAGAUCAUUAACUCUCUGCUGGAAUACAGCCUGGAACAGAGGUCCUCAGUACAGUGUAAUUUUUUUAUUUUUUUUUUGGGAAGCCUCAUUCAGAUAGUUGGACACAUUGUGAAAAUGAGAUUCGCAGAGUGCUAGACUUGUUGGGGAUUGCAGUAAUCUUUUCAUGCACAUUUACAAAAUGUAAAACCUUCCAUGGGACAUGGCACAAUUUUUAGAAAUUUAUAUUCUAAUUGAUACAGCCAACCGGCUCCUAUCUGUAUGCGUAGGUUCAGUUGGCUGGUUCAACUCAGCUUUUGGCUUAUCUCUUAAGGAAGCUUAACUGUCAUUCAAAGCUACAGUGCUCAAAUCCACUCUGGAGACUCCCUUUGAAACUCAACUUCAAUUUAAGGCAAGAGGUGUUUCUGUAAUUAAGUCCUUGACACAUGCUUACUCACCUUCAGAUGGAGCAUGGGGUGAGUCAGACGUUCUCGGCGUCGAAUCAGUCCAUGCACUCCCACAAGGCCAAAGCGACGCUGACGUGACAUCAUCAUGUGCGGAAUGCUUUUCCAGCAUCGAAAAAAUUAGAGGAGUGACCAUUCUGGAAAUACACGAUAUGUUCGCCGUUCUGUUACGGCUGGCACACAUCUUCAGUAGCGCUUGGCUUAGUGUGGCUGCAGUGGACGUCACAUGACUGUUCCCUUCAUAUUUUGCUGGCAUCCAUUGCCAUAGUUACCUCAGGCCCCUGCUUAGCAACCCCCCCCCCCCACCCCGACACUCUGUACUGACAUUCCAGUUCUGACGCGUUAGACAACCCUAAUGCCUUGUAGUCUGGUUCAGUCCAGGCCUCUUUUUGUAACUGCAUGCUUUUUAUAAGUAUAUAACCCUACCUAUUAAAGUCCUUGUGAAGAAAUGUAUCUUUCUCUUAUUAUAGUGAACCCUCCAUCUCUCCCAUACGUCUGGUUCCUGCACAGCUAACGGUGCAGUGAAACUGCUGUUGUUUCUCCUGCCUUAUAAGGUGUCAAGGUUUUCUUUAUUACAAACUGGCAAGUGAUGUAGAAAGUGUUGGAAACAAUAAAAUGUAACGUGCUUUAAAGCAA